AUGCCCCCUCUUUCAAUUGUUCGUGCAGCUAACGCUGCAUAUUCUCCCUUACGUCCUCCAGUCGCCAUCUUCUUAGGUGGAACCUCAGGUAUCGGCCAAGGACUUGCUAAGACCUUUGCUCGCUAUACCAAGGGUGACUCCCAUAUUAUUAUGUGUGGACGCAACAGGGCAGCCGCAGAAGCCAUGAUCACUUCACUUCCUAAGGCAAAAAGUUCUUAUAGCGAAUUCUUGGCCUGCGAUGCUACGUCGAUGAAAGGAGUCGAGGCUACCACAUCAAACCUCCUCUCGCGACUGCCCAAAGUGAACUUUCUUUUUCUCUCCCCUGGUUUUCUUAACUUUCGUGGAAGAAACGACACGUCCGAAGGAAUCGACAAAUGGCUGGCUCUAACUUAUUAUGCGCGGUGGAAGUUCAUAUACGACUUGUUGCCGCUAUUGACCAAGGCGAAGGAGGCAGGCGAAGAUGCACGUGUCUUAACGGUACUCGGACCUGGCACCGGGGGCAGGAUUGACCUCGACGAUCUCGGCUUGAAGCGAAAGUAUAGCAGUGUGAGGGCGUUCAUAACGGCACCCACAUAUAAUGAUCUCAUGAUUGAAUCCUUCGCCGAGAGAGAGCCCGGGGUUUCAUUUACACACGUCUUCCCUGGAAUCGUCCGCACUCCCAUGCUAGGACGCCUAUUAGAGGUACUCUUAUACCCGAUUGGCGAUGGAGCCUCUAGAAGGAAUAACAAGGGUGAUGAUAUGGGAAAGAAGAGGUACUAUGGAUCCGAUGAAUCCCGGAAGCGAUUAUGGGAGCACACUGUCCAGGAGGUCGAUCGUGCCAAGAAGUCCGGUGUUUGA